GGGGUUUUCUGUCAUAGUUGAGAUUCGUUGUGUAUUUGGAAGAGGAUUCCGUAGAGGACGCUGUGCUGCGUCGUAAGGUUGUAGCGAAGAACAGCUUUGGAAGGGUCGUGCGUUGCGUCUGUGGAGUCAUGAAGUUGCAGUUUAAGACUUGGUGCCGUCAAUUCCCGGCCGUUGAAGCGUUUGGUUCUGGAAGGAAGUGAAGGUGGUUGUGAAUUUUCGUGUGUUUGUGGACGUUAGAAUGUGAUAUUUUAUCGUUUGGUUAGGUUUGGGGUUUAUGUUUUGGUUUUUUUUGUUUUGGAACGGCGAGGCUUGAAUCUCCGUUGCAAUCGCGUAGGGAACAAGGAUAGGAACUGGAUCAAUGGACGAUUCGUUGAAUUCACCUGCACCUCGGAAAUUGCGAGUGGCGUACACGGAGGGUAACAUCUUUCAGCCUAUCCCGGAGAAUGGAGUCUUCACCCGCUCCAGUUCCAUGCCUCGUGCGAAUCAAACUACCGCGACCUCUGCUGCCCAAUCGCGUCGCAUCGCGUCUUGCAAGCUUGGAUCUGUCCAGAAACCAGCUUCCUGGACAAGCACCUUAGAUAUCCCGGACAUAGGUCGGAGUUUGAAGAGCUCCUUCAGCUUAGGAUUUUUGUUUCCGGACGGCGACGACGAUGACGACAGCGAUGAACUUCGAGAAGCGCUUCUCCGCGACGAAGAUAGCGACGAGCAAUCAGCACUGCUUCACAAUGCGGAACACAAGGGCUAUGGGACAUGGGUUAACCAUGUGGACAUUGAAAGCAACGAAUCCCGAAGCUGCUCCAAUGGUCUAGACGGGCGUUACGCCGCUAUUCCGACUGCGCGAAGCCUACCAUCCGGUCUCGACGAUGAAGGCAAGUUAUCCAAGACGGCGAAGAAAACAUAUCAUCGAUGUCAGACGGCCCCGGCCUUGUCGAACAUGCACCGGGAGAAGAAAGGGGGGCCCAUGCUGAAACGUCCUCAAUUCGAGAAAGGGUCUGCAAUAGUUACUCAUGCCGGAAUAGGGUUGAUGAUAUACCUUGCAGUCGGGGUAGCCAUUUACGCCUGGAAAAAUGGCGAAUUCUCAGGAAUUGAGACAUCAUCCGUUGUGGACGCGCUCUACUUCUGCGUUGUCACCAUGUGUACAAUUGGCUAUGGGGACAUUGUUCCAGUGACUGCCUUCGCAAAGCUCUUCUGCUGUCUCUUUGUCUUGAUUGGUUUCGGCUUCAUCGAUGCGUUGGUUAGCGGUAUGGUGACUUAUGUCCUUGACAAACAAGAACACUUGCUUCUGAGCGCCGUUGAGGGGAGCCAUUACCGCACCGCGAAGAAGUAUUUUCUGAAUGCUAAGCACGGCAAUCGGAUGCGUAUUCGCAUGAAAGUGGGGCUGGCUCUGGGUGUUCCAGUUUUGUGCAUCAUCAUUGGCACCGUGAUGAUGGUGAAGUUCGAGGGCUUGGCGCUAGUGGAUGCAUUCUACUGUACGAUCAUGUCGAUCACGACGGUGGGUUACGGUGAUCACACAUUCAAGACGUUUUAUGGGCGCCUAUUCGCGGGGUUGUGGCUGCUGUUUAGUACCUUGGCGGUGGCGCGGUGUUUCCUGUACCUUGCAGAGGCGAGAGUUGAUAAGCGCCAUCGAUUGAUUGCGAAGUGGGUGCUGCAGAGGGAGCUUACUGUGGGGGAUUUGGUGCAAGCGGAUCUCGAUCAUGACGGUUGCAUUAGCAAAGCAGAGUUUGUCUUGUACAAGCUUAAGGAGAUGGGGCAAAUCGGAGCCCAUGAAAUCGCUGACAUAUCUCACCAAUUUGAGCAGCUUGACGUGAACAAUGCGGGGAAAAUCACUCUCGCUCGUCUCCAAGAAGGAAAUUAAUUUCUUUUACAACUCCAUAACACCUCAGUCCCAGCUCCAUUGAAGUUUCUGAAGAGUAUCUCACUGUAAGGCUAGCCGUCCCAAGGGUGGUUCUAGGUAGUAUGCUUAUUGAUAGUCAAACUGUACAAAAUUGUGUACUAAAUGUAAUAGGUCAUUCGAGAUCCGGGUACUGACCACCUACAAUCCAAUAGACCUAUUCGAACAACAUUGUUCUGGUGUUUGUUAGUGACUGAUUGAUCAUCAUCCUUCACCAAGUAGCUCUUUCUUCCUACGAUUUGGUCACAUGACGAAGUUAUGGCCAGGCAAUCCUCUUGUUCACGAUGGCUCCAAGAAACAAAACCUGGAAAUUAUAUGCACAAAUGUACUAGUGCAAGCCUGGAGCCACGAUUGUUGUCUACCUUCGGUCAACUCAACGCUGAGGUAAUAACUGAACUGUUAAAUAUGGGCAUUUACGAACAAUCUCCGACUAUCAUUUUUGUUUGUUGUUGGAUUAUUUUAUUACAAGAUGCUAAUAUAUCUAUCUAUCCAUCUCUCUAUCUAUCUAGAGGAUUUUGGAUGUGACAGAUAGCCUUCUUUAAACUUUUAGAAGUUUGAAUAUUUUUUAUAUUCUUUCAAACAUCUUUUAUAUACCCUAAUAGCAUCUAUAGAUUCUUUAAAUUUUAAAAGUAGUUUAUGGUUCAUGAAAUCUUCAGGUCUUUUCAAUAGAAUAACUAAAAUGUGUAUAUUGUGUAGUAAAAAUAGUGAUAGCAUGAGAAUACUUUAAUCUUACAAAUAAGUUUUGUAACAAUUCAAA